CCCUCUCCCUAUAGUCCGACCCAUUUAAAUAGGGCGCCAUAGUUAAUGGGUAUGUUCUCGAACAAAACCCUUCAAUUAAUCUUAAAUCAACAAGCAAGGUUAUUGUAAAACUUUUCACCACCGUCACUCUGUGCUAACAAGGCUUGCUUUUUUCUCGUUUUCAAUAAAUACGUUUUCUUUUGUUUGGAUAUUUCAAUAUUUUACCAUUAUGGAACCACCCAAAGAUAAAUGGAAUAUUGUUUUACUUAUAUUCAUUCUACAUGGCAUUGGCACGUUAAUGCCGUGGAAUAUGUUUAUAACGGCUAAAAGUUAUUAUGUUGGCUACAAAUUAGGCGGAAGUGAAAAUUCAACUAGUGUAUCAAAUUAUGCGGCGAACUUCUUGCAAUAUCAUGGUUUCGCGGCUCAAAUUCCAAACGUCGUUUUCAAUUGGCUUAAUGUGUUUUUGAACUUGGGUGGAGAUUUGAAGAAGCGUAUGAGCCUCAGCAUCUUAGUCGAGUUGGCUUUGUUUGUGUUAACGGUAGUUAUGGCCAUGAUAGACUCUUCGAAUUGCUCUGGCGCCUUCUUUUGGAUAACAAUGAUUACAGUGGUUAUUCUAAAUAUGGCUGGGGCUGUUUAUCAAAAUUCUAUAUACGGCAUGGUUGCAACAUUUCCAUUCAGAUACACCGGCGGCGUAAUAUUGGGUUGCAACAUUUGUGGAUUGCUAGUGUCUUUGAUAAGUAUUAGCAGCAAUUAUAUAUUUUCCACAACUCGAACGGCUGCAAUAUAUUAUUUCAUAACGGCAAUGAUAGUUUUGGUGUUAUGUUUUGAUACCUUUUUAGGUCUGCCACUGAAUAAGUUCUUUAUUUACAAAGAACUUUCAAGGAAAGCAGACGAUAACGAAAAUGUUAAGAACUCGGAUAUACCCUAUUGGAGCAUAUUCAAAACAGCAUCCAUACAACUCCUAAAUGUGUUUAUGAUUUUUUUCGUCACAUUAGCAGUUUUUCCAGCGGUAAAUUCCGAUAUUAAAGCCUCGUCAGCAGAUUUUUUCAUAAAGGACCCCGUAAUUUUGACAUCAUAUUGGAUUCAAUGGCCUGGAUCUAAAUAUUUAAUAAUACCGGUAGUCUUGCGCUUAAUUUUCAUACCGUUAUAUUUGUUUUGCAACUACUUGCCUAUGAAUGUGGACAGGAGACUUCCGGUUAUAAUAAAAAAUGAUUGGAUCUAUUGGAUAAUCGGCGUGUUAAUGGCCUACACUUCCGGCUACUAUAGUGCCCUAGCGAUGAUGUACACACCACAGACAGUGGAACAAAAUUUCCAAGUUAAAGCAGGCAUGUUUGCCGGUGCCAUGCUCAUAAGUGGCAUUUUCUGCGGAAUUCUGUUUUCAUUUCUGGCUCCAUAUUUGGUAUAAAUUUGAAAGAAAUUUACAAA